CAGCUAGCAGACUCACAGGGCACAAACCACAACCAACGUACACAAUGGCCGACCAGAUAAAUAGCAAAGCUGACCUAGAUCAGCGCGAGGAACAGCCUAUCGUCGGACGUAAAGUCUUCAUCGGGACCUUGUCAGCUCUAGCCUUUACAACAGGCCUCACUGUAGCCCUCAUCCCCGCUAUCAAAAGACAUCGCCUGAGAACCGCCGCGAGACAAGCUGGGACGUCCAUCAGCAAUGUCGGAGUGGGACGAUCUGGGACGGGUCUAGGCUCCGUACAGGGCGGAAAUGCACGUGCAAGCGGGGUCGUUCAACGAGUUUCACAAGCGAACCCGAGCGCCAUCGGCUCGAGAUCAGGAUCAGGACCUUUGGACGGACUGCUCGAUCCCCCCCGUCCAUCCACUUCUGCUACCCCUUCUUAUGCCUCGUCAUCUGCAUCUGGAUCCGGGUCCACAACAGUAGCAUCAUAUCGGGCCUCAGGGGCAUCGACGUUGCAGCCGAGGUCGACCAGGACAGCAGGACCGCUAGACGGGCUUCUAGGAUCGCCGGAAGAGGCGGGAAAGCUCGGCGCUGCAGGUCCGGCGUCGGCAGAGCAGAGCACGAGAAGGCCGGAAGGACCAGAGAGGAAAGGGGCUGGACUGUUGGAUAAUCUAACUCUAGGUGGGACUGCAGUAGCGGCGGCAGGAGCGGUGGCGUCGCCAGCCGGGUCAUUAUCAUCAUCGAGCACAAUAACGCACACUACGGCACCAACAGCAAAUCCGGCGCCGACCUCCACAUUGACGACAACGUCUCUUCCGUCGCCAUCAUCACCAGCAGAUGUCGAACCGUCUGAACCAGCACCCCAAAUCACCUACUUCUCCUUGACACCAGCCGACCCAUAUUCAGACGAAGAAGACGCCCACGGAUUCCCCCUGGAUCCGGAGCACGACCUCAACGCAGCUCAAGUAGAAGCUGAAGGAGAGGGUGAGGAGAUCUCGCCUUGGUUUGCGCUCAAGGCGUUUUCCAUCGCCACGGCGUUGGUAGUGGGAGGGACUGCGGUGAUGGUCGUCGGGAUUGGUAAGGGUCUGGGCGUGAGCGAUAUGGACGAAUUCACCGCCAAGAUGCGAAGCUGGACUCAAAGGACCUUGCCAGACCUCCAAGCUCAGAUCUUCAAGCCUAUGGAAAGCGAAGUGACGCAAGCCCAGCAGUCAGACGGAUCUCUUGACGGGGGGCGGAGGAGGAUCGGGUUUGAGCCUGCACCCUCUUCAGCGGGUCCGUCUGCGAGCGUGCUCAGUACCUCGCGAAAGAGGACGAAAGAGGAUGAAGAUGAAGAGGAGAUCGUCAGUGGAUGGUGGCAAGGAGUCGUCGAGGGUGCAGAGGAGGAGAGGCGAGGCAGACGGGUUUGAGCGGAGGCGCUUGCUUGUACCAUGGCGGGCCGUGGCAUCUGUUGGCAUUGUUGAUUGUUGACGAUGUCAGAUCCGGGGUCAGAAAGCGGGUACCAAUGGCUAGUGGCCGGGGCGGGAUGAGAUGAAUGAGAUGAAUGUGGAGGCC